AUGGAGGCUCUUAUUCCUGUUAUAAACAAGCUGCAGGAUGUGUUCAACACAGUGGGCGCCGAUAUUAUCCAGCUGCCGCAGAUAGCAGUAGUGGGCACUCAGAGCAGUGGUAAAAGCUCUGUGCUGGAGAGCCUGGUAGGCAGGGACCUGCUGCCCCGUGGGACUGGCAUCGUAACCAGGCGACCUCUCAUCCUCCAGCUGGUCAACGUGGAUCCUGGGGAUGCUAGGAAGAAUGAUGACACCGACAGAGAAGGUGAAGAAUGGGGGAAGUUUCUACACACCAAAAAUAAGAUCUACUCAGAUUUUGAUGAAAUCAGGCAAGAAAUUGAAAAUGAAACGGAGAGAAUAUCAGGGAACAAUAAGGGGAUCAGUGAUGAACCCAUUCAUCUGAAGAUAUUUUCUCCUCACGUUGUCAACCUCACACUGGUGGAUCUGCCAGGAAUCACUAAGGUGCCCGUGGGUGAUCAGCCUAAGGACAUCGAGGUUCAGAUAAGAGAUCUAAUCCUGAAGCACAUCUCCAACCCCAACUGUAUCAUCCUGGCUGUCACGGCUGCUAACACAGACAUGGCCACCUCAGAGGCCCUCAAGGUGGCCCGCGAGGUCGAUCCUGACGGCCGGAGGACCCUGGCUGUGGUGACCAAACUGGACCUUAUGGACGCUGGCACUGAUGCUAUGGAUGUGCUGAUGGGCAGAGUCAUUCCUGUCAAACUGGGCCUCAUUGGAGUAGUGAACAGAAGCCAGUUGGACAUCAACAAUAAGAAAUCUGUCGCUGAUGCCAUUCGGGAUGAACAUGCCUUCCUGCAGAAGAAAUAUCCAUCUCUCGCCAAUAGAAACGGAACCAAAUACCUGGCCAGAACCCUCAACAGGUUACUCAUGCAUCACAUCCGGGACUGCCUCCCUGAGCUGAAGACACGGAUCAACGUCCUGGCAGCCCAGUACCAGUCCCUGCUCAGCAGCUACGGCGAGCCAGUCGAGGACCAAAGCGCCACCUUGCUCCAGCUCAUCACCAAGUUCGCCACAGAGUACUGCAACACCAUCGAGGGCACGGCCAAAUACAUCGAGACGGCAGAACUGUGCGGUGGAGCCAGAAUUUGUUACAUAUUCCAUGAGACUUUUGGCAGAACAUUGGAGUCAGUGGAUCCUCUGGGAGGGCUGAGCACCAUUGAUAUUCUAACUGCUAUAAGGAAUGCAACAGGCCCGCGCCCUUCCCUGUUUGUGCCUGAGGUUUCCUUCGAGCUGUUGGUGAAGAAGCAGGUGAAACGCUUGGAGGAGCCCAGUUUGCGCUGCGUGGAGCUGGUCCAUGAGGAGAUGCAGCGGAUCAUCCAGCACUGCAGCAACUACAGCACACAAGAGCUGCAGAGAUUCCCAAAGCUACAUGAGGCCAUUGUGGAAGUUGUCACCUCCCUCCUGAGGAAGAGGCUUCCCAUCACAAAUGAGAUGGUCCAUAACUUGGUUGCUAUUGAGCUGGCCUACAUCAACACUAAGCACCCAGACUUUGCAGAUGCCUGUGGGGUCAUGAAUAACAACAUAGAGGAGCAAAGGAGAAACAGGAUGAGAGAGCUGCCCGCUGCAGUGCCCAGGGAUAAGGCCCCCUCAGCAGGACCACAAGGUGAGCAGGACGGCACAGGGAACUGGAGGGGGAUGCUGAAGAAAGGAGAGGAUGCUCCGGGCUCAGGACCUGGAAGCCCCCUUAAAGGAGCUGUCAACCUGCUCGAUGUGCCUGUUCCAGUUGCCAGGAAGCUGUCAUCACGCGAGCAACGUGACUGUGAGGUCAUCGAACGCCUCAUCAAGUCGUACUUCCUUAUUGUGCGCAAGAACAUCCAGGACAGUGUGCCGAAGGCAGUGAUGCACUUCCUGGUCAACCAUGUGAAGGACAGCCUCCAGAGUGAGCUUGUUGGCCAGCUGUAUAAAUCUGGCCUCCUCAACGAAUUGCUGACUGAAUCGGAGGAUAUGGCCCAGCGGCGCAAGGAGGCCGCCGACAUGCUACAGGCGUUGCAGAAAGCCAGCCAGGUGAUCGCAGAGAUCAGGGAGACACAUCUGUGGUGAAAAACCACCUGACAGAGCUGUACCUGAUCCUGUCGGUCUGCUAUCUCCACCUCAUGCCUAACGGACUGACUGCACUCAUCAUGUCUGAACUUGAAGUUUUGGAUUAGUAACCAUGAAAAAGCACUGGUAUGAUCCCUGCCCCAAACGUAGGUAUCAUAUAGGCUCACGGCUACCUGAAAGUAAUGUAAGUUAAUUCAAGUUGUUUAUUUAAAAUGCUCCAGUAAAUACGCUUUGUGUUGUCUACAAUAUAUGAAAAUGCACUGGCUCUGUUAGAUAAUGUUCAAGAUAAGAUUUUAGAAACUGUAGCUGCCACCCACUGCUCCUAGAGGAGAUAAUGAGGGCAGCCAAAGGCAAAGCGCUGCUCAUUUUUGACACACUGAGGUUAACCAGUAUGGAAAUGGACUUUGGUGUAAAGUAGAAAUGAAAGUUUUGAUGCUAGUUUGGCAGCUCCACAAAGCCUUCUGCAAAUGUUUUAGCUCCAGGUUAUAUAAAAUCAAAAAAAAUAUUAUUCAUCCCUUCAACUGCAACCUUUUCAUUUAGGAAUAGCUGUCAUUUCUCAGAAACCAUGGAACCUCAAAAUCAUAGUGUAACAAUACAGCAGGGAUUGGUUCAUUGGAUUAAAGAUACAUAAGAUGACUCGCAGCACCGUAGCUCUGUGUACAUGCUCCGUCACUUUAAUUUUUGCACUGUUGUCACCACACUGUACUCUGUAGAAAGACCAGAAUCUUGACACUGUAAUGCCACCAGAACUUUUAUUUAUUAAUGUGUUUAAUGUAUUUAAGUGUGCGGUUAAUGUUAUGAUGAGCACUAUUACAGCUUACUGCAGUAAGUGAUUUAAUUAUGUUUACAUAUCGCGGUCUACAUGUGAAAAUUAUGGUGCACUGUGGUUCUCUGUGUAUGGUCCCCAAAAGAAGAAUAAAUUGAGGUAUU